AUGUAGAAUAAGAACAAACCUAAGGAAAUGCUUAAAUUAUAGGGUUAUAAGAGAAGUAAAUGUUUAGUAAUUAAAUAAUAUAGAAUUAUAUAAUAGUUAAGUUAGGAAAUAUAUCUCCAUCAAUACAAAUACUGUUAUUACAUUAAGAUAUACUGAUUAAGUUCUAGAAUUAAAAAAACCAGAAGAACCAUUUGUAAAAGAAUAUCUUUAAUUAGAUGGUAAAGAUAAUCUAUUGUUAGGAGUAGAUGAUUCUGAAAUAGGAAAAAAAGAAUUGAAAAAUCUGUAAUUAUUUUUGAAAUAAAAAAAGAACUUAAAUAGGUAAAAGUUUAAGGUGGUUUAGGCUUUGAUUUUAUAAAAUUAAAAUGACCGAAACUAAAUAGAAGUAGUUGAUUUUUUAUAUAAUUGAAAAGUGAUCUAAAAAGUGAAAGAUUGAGUAAUCAAUGAAAUACUUUUUAAAUUAGGCCCUAUGA